GAUACGUGAGGUUUCACCAUCACCAUGAUUACAGCACGGGAAAGACUGUGACGAUUCUCACAGCCUGAGAUCAACCGAGAAACACUUGCCUUUUUUUUUGCUGUUUUGUAAAUAAAGGACUGAAGAAAAAACAGAGAGAAACGGGAGCGUGAGCUCCUCCUUCGGUGCGAAAGAGAAAGAGAGAGAGAAAGAGAGAGAGAGAGAGAAAAAGAAAGAGAGAGAGAGAGAGAGAGAGAGAGAGAGAGAGAGAGAGAAGCGCUGGCUGAUUUAGGCUCUACGUCAGAGGGACGAUGGUGGCAGGCUGGUAAAGAUGGCCGCUCUCUCCGAGGACGGGAGAUACGGACUCAAUUGCGGCCGCAAUGCCGACAGAAUCACCGUUUUGCACGUAAAACUCACCGAGACGGCCAUACGAGCGCUAGAAAACUACCAAAACUGUAAGAAUGUACCGUCCUCGCGGCCAACAAUACAUUUCCAAGGACUGCAAGGGCGCAUCAAGAUUCCAAAGUCUGACGUCUCGGAUGGAUCUCACAUCUUCGAUUUCUACCUGUCCAAUGUCGGCAAGGACAAUCCUCAGGGAAGCUUUGAAUGCCUUCAACAGCAUGUGUCCAGCUCCGGGGGUCCCCACUUGUCCUCUCUGGGGGCGAUCCAGGACAAAAUCACAGUGUGCGCCACCAACGAUUCCUACCAGGUGACCAGAGAGCGCAUGACGCAGGCCGAGGAGGACACGCGCAAGAGGGGCACCAAGGUCAUCAAACCUGGAGGGCAAUUCAGAGGUACAAAGGUGCAGAUCCGAAAGCCAGCUCCCUCUGCCCCCGAUCCAGUCCCAGAGAGGAAACGGUCGACCCCCAUGAAUCCAGCCAACACCAUCCGCAAGUGCCUUACCAGCAACCCGGUGUCCCAGCGGCCAUACCGGGAGCGCAUCAUCCACCUCCUGGCUCUGCGCUCCUACAAGAAGCUGGAGGUCUUGGGCAGGCUGCAGCGAGACGGGAUCAGCCAAAAGGACCGCAACUCGCUGGGGAGCACCUUACAGCAGGUUGCCAAUCUGAACCCAAAGGAUAACUCGUACUCCUUAAAGGACUUCAUUUACCGUGAGGUCCAGAGAGACUGGCCCGGCUACUCGGAGGAUGAGCGUGUUCAGCUGGACCGGAUCUUAGCUCGUAAACUGGGCCUGCCUGCAGAUUCACUCUCAUCCAGCAGUUCUCCAAAAGAACCAACAUCACCACAGAAGCGCCAGCCUCAGGGUGACUUCAUUGACCCUCUGAUGUCCAAGAAACCCCGUAUCUCCCAUCUCAGCAGCCGAGGAGCUCAGAGCUCGUCAGAUCGUCGCCCGCCUACAGAAAGUGAGGAAAAGAGACCAGCUCCUCCAGUGAAUGCAGCCUGCCCAGGCCCUUCGUCCCAGCCCCCAGUGUCCCAUCCUCCCUCUGGCUCGAACUCCAACUCGCCCAGCACACCCGAGGGCCGCGGAACUCAGGACCUGCCCCUGGACCAGAGCUCCACAUGUGGGGAGGAGACCGAACGCUACGCACCCCGCUCCCUGACUCCCAGCUCCAACUUUCUCCCAGCCUCCGCCAUAUCCCCAGCAGCCAACAGUAGCAAAAAACCUAAAAAGAAGUCAAAGAAGCACAAAGACAAGGAGCGGGAGCGGGGGAGGGGAGGGGAGGACGAGAGAGUGCGGCACAGGGAGGGACAGGCUGAGAAAGAAGAGAGGCCAAGAAAGAGACACCGCACCGAGGCAGAGAAACACUCGCCAGCUAAUGUGGACAGCCCAUCAGAUGCAGAACUGCACAGAGAAGACAGAACAAGCAAACCUGAGCUCACUGAACUUUCCACCCCAGUGAUACCUGAGUACAUAGCUAAAUACACUGCAGUAGUGUCUAUGGAUCAGAGGCAGCGCUACAAGGACGCCUUUAACGCAGAGUACGAUGAAUAUCGCACUCUUCACGCUCGUGUGGAGAACAUUACACGGCGCUUCACACAGCUGGACGCUCAGUGCAGACGCCUGCUACCCGGAACCAAAGAGUACCAGGAGGUGCACGAAGAGGUGCUUCAAGAAUACAAGAAAGUCAAACAACACAACCCAAAUUACCACGAAGAGAAGCAGCGCUGCGAGUACCUGCACAACAAGCUGGCCCACAUCAAGAGGCUCAUUGCUGACUUUGACCAGCGGAGGGCGCAGUCCUGGCGUUAAGCGGUGGGACCCCAGCAGCCAAUCAGAGCUCUUCUCAGCCUAAAGACCACAACCAGUGGCAGCCAGGGGAUUA